GUCAACAACAGAGGGCGCUUUGUCAAUACACGUGCGUGAGUCUGCUCCGUCUGCAAGUUAUUCAUAGACUGCUUGACCAAGACAUAGCGAGGAGUUGAUUUUCAAGAUGGUUCGCAAGAAGAUUGAUAACCGCAUCAGAGUACAGAUAGAGAACGGCGUGACCCAGGGUCAUAGGUCAUUGUUUGUGGUUGUAGGAGACAAAGGCAAAGAUCAGGUUGUGAUUCUACAUCAUAUGUUAUCCAAGGCUGUGGUGAAGGCCAGGCCAUCUGUACUAUGGUGUUACAAGAAAGAACUAGGAUUUAGCAGUCAUCGGAAGAAACGCAUGAAGCAGCUUCAAAAGAAAAUCAAAUCGGGAAUGAUGGAUGUGAACGAGGACAAUCCUUUUGAGCUCUUCAUUGCGGCUACAAACAUUCGCUAUUGCUACUACUCUGAGACUCAUAAAAUCCUCGGGAACACAUAUGGAAUGUGUGUGUUACAGGACUUUGAAGCCAUGACCCCUAACCUCUUGGCCCGUACCAUUGAGACGGUGGAGGGGGGUGGUAUCGUGGUGAUUCUUUUGCGCAGUGUGUCGUCCCUCCAGCAGCUCUAUACCAUGACCAUGGACGUCCACUCUCGCUACCGGACCGAAUCUCAUCAGGACGUCGUUGCGCGCUUCAACGAACGAUUCUUGUUGUCACUGGCAUCGUGUAAUAACUCUAUGGUGUUGGAUGAUCAGCUUCAGAUACUACCUAUCUCAUCACAUACCCUAAACAUCGAGCCUGUUCCCCAUAAAACAAAGGAGGAGUCCCAGAGCCCUGCAGAGAUUGAACUAAAGGAGUUGAAAGCAUCGCUGCAAGAUACUCAACCUGUGGGAGCCCUUAUCAACUGUGCUAAAACACUUGACCAGGCCAAAGCUCUGCUGAAGUUUGUGGAGUCAAUCUCAGAGAAGACUCUUCGCAGUACUGUUUCUAUGACAGCAGCAAGAGGGCGGGGCAAGUCGGCUGCAUUAGGAUUGGCUAUUGCAACUGCUGUAGCAUUUGGAUAUUCCAAUAUCUUUGUGACUGCACCAAGUCCAGAGAAUAUCCGAACCUUGUUUGAGUUCAUCUUCAAAGGCUUUGAUGCCCUCGAUUAUCAGGAACAUCUUGACUACGAGUUAGUCCAGUCAACCAACCCAGAAUUCAACAAAGCCGUCAUCAGAGUGAACAUCUUCAGAGAACACAGGCAGACCAUCCAGUACAUCCAUCCCGGUGACGCCCACAAGUUAAGCCAAGCUGAGUUGGUUGUGAUUGACGAAGCUGCUGCCGUACCACUCCCUCUUGUCAAAGAACUCCUCGGUCCUUACCUGGUCUUCAUGUCUUCGACCAUCAAUGGGUAUGAAGGCACUGGUAGGUCUCUAUCCCUCAAACUGCUCCAGCAGCUGAGGAAGCAGAAUGCAACGUUUGGUGCGAGUAGCUCUGCUGAUAACAAGCCAACCAGCUCACUUUCAACUGGGUCAUCUGCUUCAGGUCGGGUGUUACAUGAGGUGACGUUGGAGGAGUCGAUACGUUACAGCGAAGGUGACAGCGUUGAAAAGUGGCUCAAUGAACUCCUGUGUCUCAAUGUCGCUGAGGUUCAAAGAAUAUCAUCGGGUUGUCCUUUACCUGCAGAUUGUGAUUUGUAUUACAUCAACAGAGAUACAUUAUUCAGCUACCACAAAGCUUCAGAAGUUUUCCUACAGAGAUUGAUGUCUAUCUAUGUUGCUGCCCAUUACAAGAACACUCCAAACGAUCUCCAGCUUCUCUCGGAUGCUCCCGCCCAUCACAUCUUCUGUUUGUUAGGACCGGUGAAACCAACGCAGAGCAGUCUACCUGAAAUACUGUGUGUCUUACAGGUUUGUCUCGAAGGAGAGAUUUCCAAAGAAACAAUAAUGAGCAGCUUGAGCAGAGGCAAGAGAGCAUCCGGUGACCUGAUUCCGUGGACAGUAUCACAACAGUUCCAGGACAAUGAUUUUGCUAGCCUUUCAGGAGGACGAGUGGUGAGGAUAGCAACGCAUCCAGAUUACCAAGGGAUGGGAUAUGGAAGCAGAGCUCUUAGUCUCCUUCAGAGGUACUACCAAGGAGAGUUUCCCAGCAUGACUGAAACACCUGAAACAAAGACUAUCACUACAGUUCAGAAAGAGGCUGUAGGUCUACUGGAAGAAGUGAUCGUUCCGAGAAAGAAUUUACCCCCUCUACUGGCCAAGCUCAGCGAGAGACCAGCCGAGAAACUAGACUACCUUGGCGUGUCGUUCGGACUAACGGCUGAUUUGCUGAAGUUUUGGAGGAAAGCGGGAUAUCUUCCAGUCUAUCUGCGGCAGACCCCGAAUGAUCUAACAGGGGAGCAUUCAUGUAUCAUGUUGAAGACUGUGCAAGAAUCAGACAUAGAGGGCGUCAGUCAAGACACAUGGCUCUCUGCUUUCUGGACAGAUUUCAGGAAGCGUUUUAUGUCUCUGUGUGCCUACCAGUUCCGAGCUUUCAGACCUUCCCUAGCUCUCAGCGUUCUCUUCUGUAAAACAUAUAAUAAGAUGAAACCGCAAGACAUGAAUGCUUCAGAAUUAGAGCUGCUCUUUUCAAAGUACGACAUCCAGAGACUGGACCUCUACUCCCGCAACAUGGCGGAUUAUCACCUCAUCACCGAUCUGCUGCCCUCUGUGGCAAGACUUGUCUUUCUCAAGAAGAUCAACAUUCACCUCUCCGCUGUUCAGUUUAGCAUUCUCCUAGGUCUUGGUCUACAACACAAGACGGUUGACAUCUUGGAGAAGGAGACGGAGGUGCCUUCCUCCCAGCUCCUUGCCUUGUUCAACCGCAUCGUCAGGAAGGUUGUAGCGGAGCUGAACAGUAUCCUGGAGCGGGAGGUGGAGAAGGGGAUGGCGGAGGAGAGGAUUGUUAGCAUGGAGCCGACCAGACAGACGAUGGCACAAGAGCUGGAUGAAGCUGCAGCUGAGAUUGAAGCCAAACAAAAGAAAGAAUUGGAAGCACUUAAAGGACUGGAUCUUAGGAAGUAUGCGAUUAAAGGCCAAGAGUCGGAAUGGGAUGAUGCGUUGAAGUCCGGGAAGAAGAAGAACGUUAUCAGCAUCAAAUGUGCGGAUCAAGAGAAGAGGAUAGCAGAGAAGAGCAAGCAAACGGAGAAGAGAAAAGGAGAACGAGAGAGCUUUGGAGGAGAAGACCAAGAGGACGCCAAGAAGAAGAAGAAAAAGAAAUUCAAGUCCGGGAAGGGAUUCAAGAAUUGAGAGAUGAAAUAGAUAUGGACAGAUAUUUUUUAUACAUGUAUCAUACAUUGCAGAUAAUGCAGACAGCAUAGACGGUGUGUGGCCGUUUCAUGGUUUCGCCGUAUGUACAAAUACUUUUGUUGUCCACAUGAUUUAUAGGGAAACCCAUCUCUUAAGACAGACAUACAGGCCCAAAUUCACAAAAAUGGUUUUGAAGACCAUCGGCUGAACCCAUGGUUUAUGCAGAUUUCCUGUAUAAAUUAUGCAUAUUUAGUGCGUAUAUUAAAAAAAUGUGCAAUGCUGAUGCACGGUUUUGACGCCUGUUGCCAUGGUUUAGUAAGUCCACUGUUUUGAAUUAACAAGUCCACUUUUUAAAACAGUGGACUCAUGAAUAAAAUAGAGCACAUGACCAUGACAACAGGCGUCAAUAUGGCACUCGGUGCAGUGGCGGACCGUGACCCGCAGGAGACAAAGCAUUGGAGGGGCACAGCAAUGUUCACAAAGAAUACAGUGCCCCUCCAAUCAUUUGUCUCCUCGGGGUCACGGUGUGCCACCGACUCUGUGUCAAAAGCGUGCAUCAGCAUUUGACAUUUUUUCUUGAAUAAGCGGUAAAUGAGCAGAAUUUUUCCAGGAAAUCUGCAUAAACCAUGGGUUCAAACGAUGGUUUUCAAAACCCCCUUUGAGAAUUCGGGCCGCAAAGUCUCACUCUUGCUCAUCCCCCAAGCUCUUUCUCACAGAUGUAUCACAGCCUAUCCUCAUAUGCAUUAUGCACAAUGCCCGAUGAGCUCACACCAGGGGUGUGAGAGUUCAGAUUUUUAUCUGAUUUCAGAUUUUUUGUUUUGAUUUUCAGCUUAAUUUCAGCUUAUUUUUGGAUUUCCUCUGUACAAAAAGUAUGGGAGCUCUUCCUAUUUCAGACUUUUUCAACACUGUUCAGCUUUUUUCAGAUCUUUUUAUUUGUGAUCACUCACACCCUUGGCUCACACGAGGUCAUGGAUCCCUGCCUAAGAUUUUACGCAUUGCAGGGGCCCGUUGCAGAAAGAGUUGCAAUCAAACGCAACUCUAAAAAUCAUGCGCAACUUGAUUUUCAACCAAUCAACAGCGCGCAUUUUGGACUUGCGAUUGAUAUUUUGACUUGCGUUUAAACGCAACUCUUUCUGCAACGGACCCCUGGUCUUUGAACUUUUAGCAUCCCUGUAAUUACCGCCCAAGGGAGACAAUUAAAGCAGUCUUUAUAAGCAUUAGGUUUGUAUGUAAGUUUCCUACAUGUAUAUUCAAGGGAAACCCAACGCGUGGUCGUGGUAGACAGGGGGUCAUUCUGUACAGGUGGUCGCUGAAUCAGGGUCCCGGUUUCAUAAAUACUUGUUAAUGAUUAAUUCAAUCAGUGAUAAAAAUCAGCCCGCAUUCGAUCACUAAGCUUUAUGUAAUGAGGCAGUGGGUGAUUUCGAGUCCAGUGUUGACCUUUUCAUGCUGGUGUUGGGUCAAUUUUUACACGAGCAUAUCACCAAACAUAUAAUGAAGAUGGUCCCGAAAAGUCACUCACUGGAUGUUGCGAUGUCAAUGUGACCUGGAUCAGUUUUACAAACUCUGAAUAGAUUUUGGAGCUAGGGGAAGCAAUCCAAAUUGUGCAUCCAACACCAACGCCAACACCGGACUUGAAAUCACCCAUUGACACUUCAUACAUGUAUUUCAUAAAGCUUAUCACCACUUGCAGGAGCCCGCCUUGCUCAGGGUGUCGAAAUUUCAUAAUGAUGGAAUAAAGCUAUUAAGCUUUUAACCUGUAGUUCAGAGUCAAUCUACGGGUUACUCGUAAUCCAUCUUUAAGACUGGUAGAUCAGUGGCCAUUUUCACAAAUCUUUACAAUUGAUUGUUCAUUUAAUUUGUAUGCUUGAUUGCAGAUACUGAUCGGUGAAAUGAAGCAUAAAAAUCAGACCUAUGAUAAUACAAACAAAGUUUUUUUUUUUGGGGUCAAGGGCCCUGUUGCAUAAAAUUUAUUGUACAACGCCUAGUAGCCCACUUAGCUUGUUGUACGCGAGCAAAUGGGAGACUGAAUGUCAAACAUUCGUACCGUUGCACACAUGAUGUACCAUCCAAAAUGUACCGUUGCACUGCUUUAGGAGGUGACAUCACAAUACGAUUCAAUUCAUUGCGCUCAGUAAAUAAUGAAGGUGAAAUACGCAUAUAGCUUGCUGGCUACAUGCGCAAUGCUGCCCGAGGUCAUGUGUGCUUGUGGGAUUUGCUUUUUGCUCUCAAUAUUUUUGCUCCCUUUUCAUAGAUUACUGCAGGGAAAAACUCUUGUUUUUCAUAUUUUUGCUAAAUUCCGAGGCGUUGUACAACACAAAUAGCGAAUAUUCUUAUUCGUGCAAAUGUGCAAGAUUUCACAUUCGGUGAAAGAAAAACACUCUAUUCAACUGAGCUAACGCCUCGUUGAAUAGUGCAUCUUUCUUUCACCUCAUGCGAAAUAUCGCACUCAUGCCUAUUUGCUAUUUGUUUUAUCAUAACUUUGCCAUCCAAUGAAAAGAAAAAAAGUAAUUUAUGAAUUGACAUUUCUUGGUUAUUUGUAAUAAAAUAUGUAUGGUUUGAUUGGACAAUUUGUUAAUAUGGUCAUUGGAAAUAAAUGUGGCCUAAGUGGCAUUUAAAAUAUAA